AUGGCGUCUGAGGCGGGUGAACAGAUUCAGUACGUGCCCACACCCACUUGCAUCAGGUGGUUGCAGGGGCAAGGUGUGAUACGGGCACCCAUAGAAUUAUUAAAUGCGCAGAAGUGGACGGUGGUGGACAGGGAGCUGUGUCAGGCUUUCGUAGAGGGGGCCAAGGGAAUGGGAAGUCUCUGGGGGAAGGAGCGGAGAGUGCGGACAGGGGAGGGAGUUCAUAGUGAUCAGGAGACUCGGACGAGUGUGGAGGUAGAGAAUCUGGGAGAGCAGACGGAGAAUAUUGAGCAGACGGGGAAUGCCGAGUGGGUGGAGUCAGACGGGAGUAUGGUGCAGGAGGAUCAGGGGAGACUGGGGAAGCACAACCCCAUGUUAGACUGGGUGCCACUGGGACCCAGCGCCGUAGUGCCAUGGCCCCGCUUGGUGCCUCUGCCCGGGGACUGCUGUGAAGAUCCCCUGGAUCGUGAGCGGGACGGAUGCGGAGAGAGACGGGCGGAGGGAGAAGGAGAAGGCGGGAGGGGGCGAGGGACGAGAGAGAGGAGGCGGGCGAGGGAGGCUUGGGCUGCGGGGCUCGCCCCGCUGUCGCGGCUGUGUCCGGGCCGGCCGGGGGGCGCUGGGGCGGCGGCUGCGGCUCGUCGGGCCGUGGGCGCGCCGUGCCCGGUGCCCGCGCUCUCCGUCCGUCCGUCCGUCCGUCCGUCCGCAGGCGUGUGGGCGCAGCUGAGGCUGCUGGAGGCCGGCGGAGGGCAGCGAGCGCCCGGGGACUCCGUGCUCCUCUCCUGCCGCGGACACGGCUCCGACUUCGGGACGAGCACAGUGAGGUGGUACCGUCAGGCACCCGGCGGCAGCCUGGAGUGGGUGUCCCUCAUCCACUUUGAUUCAUCGCUGAUUCGAUACGGAGCAGCAGUGGAUGGCCGAGCCACUGUGUCCCGGGACAACUCCCGCUCGGAGGCAUCUCUGUCUCUCCGUGCCCUGAGCCCAGGGGACUCUGCCCGAUACUUCUGUGCUGUUCUCACCCACAGCAUAAGUGUCAGCAGUGUGAGGACAGAGAAGCUCGUCUUUGGCAGCGGGACGACUCUCACAGUGGAGCCAGGCAAUAUAAGCCACUCUGACCCUCAAGUCAUUGUGAUGAGGUCAAAGAACCUGGAAGAAGAUGGCAACAGCGGGAAAGCAGCUUGUUUGGCAAGGAAGUUCUACACAAAGAACAUCAUCUUGGAGGUGUCCUCCACUGAAGUCAGAUAUGAGCAAAGUACACCCCUGCUGACAUCAGAAGGGUUGUACGAUGCUCUCAAGGUGGUCAACGUGACCAAAGGCACAGAGGUGUCCUGCACAGCCAGAUACGAUGGCAGAGAUAUUACAGCCAAUGAAACAUUGCCAGAAAAGGAGGCUGAAGGAUCAGUGGGAGAGGCUGAAGGAUCAGUGGGAGAGAAGGUCUGCAACAGCACAGACACCUCUGCACAAGAUGCUGAAGGGGAGAAAUCAAACACGCUGGCUGUGGCUGUGCUGGGCUUGAGAGUCCUGCUGGCAAAAAGUCUUGCCUUCAAUACCCUGAUGAGCAUCGAGCUGUUUGUUUUCUGA